AUGGAUAUGGGAAACCGUAACGUCGCCAAGCGCGACAAGGAAGAGGAGGAGGAGGUUCAAGAUGUUCGCCGACAAAUGCAAGACGCCGAAGCAGCCAAUGCUCAAGCUGUUGCCGCAGGAGCUGCAAAGCAAGCGGGCGCGCCCAAUGCCAACGCGCUCCCUCUCGAUCCGAACCAGCUUCUCUCAGUCCUAGGUCUACUCAGCGGUCAACCUCAAGCCACGCCGGCGGCGCCUGGACAGCCUGUGGCUACAGGAAUGCCUCCGAACAACAAUGCCAACGUACCGACGGUCACCAUCUUCGUAACGGUGACGCCUCCAGCUGCGACACAGACCGUGAUGAUCAUGGUCCCGACAACAGUCACGGUGACUGCGACACCAGUAGCGCCUCCCCCAGUUAAUCAGCCUCCUCCUCCACCGCCAGCUCCGCCAGUCCAGACAUCACCGCCGCUGCCGCCAGCAGCACCGCCGAUGAGCACUCCGCCACCUCCUCCUCCGCCGGUCGUCGCGCCCCCACCACCUCCACCACCUCCUCCAGCCAGCGGGCUCACGAUGCCUCUUGUUGGAGCUAGCCCGUUCCCGAUGCCGCCUCCUGCGGCGUCCGUGUCUGCGCCCAUGUCUUCAGCUUCAUCAACAGGAACUCCCAAGGGAGCCGGCGGUACUCCCACAGCUGUAGUAUUGUUGGGUGUCUUCGGCGGUGUUGGUAAGUCAAGCUUGACGAAGCUCAACUGGUAA